GCGGUGACUGGAUCUGGCUCGGCCACACAGAGGCCGGCUUGGUCACUAUGGAGGAAAUAGGCAUCUUGGUGGAGAAAGCUCAGGAUGAGAUCCCAGCACUGUCUGUGUCACGGCCCCAGACUGGCCUUUCCUUCCUGGGGCCUGAGCCCGAGGACCUGGAGGACCUGUACAGCCGCUACAAGAAGCUGCAGCAAGAGCUAGAGUUCCUCGAGGUGCAGGAGGAGUACAUCAAGGAUGAGCAGAAGAACCUGAAGAAGGAAUUCCUCCAUGCCCAGGAGGAGGUGAAGCGAAUCCAGAGCAUCCCACUGGUCAUCGGACAGUUUCUGGAGGCUGUGGAUCAGAAUACAGCCAUUGUGGGCUCCACCACAGGCUCCAACUACUAUGUGCGCAUCCUGAGCACCAUUGACCGGGAGCUGCUCAAGCCUAAUGCCUCGGUGGCCCUCCACAAGCACAGCAAUGCCCUGGUGGACGUGCUGCCUCCCGAGGCAGACAGCAGCAUCAUGAUGCUCACCUCAGACCAGAAGCCAGACGUGAUGUAUGCAGACAUCGGGGGCAUGGACAUCCAGAAGCAAGAGGUGCGGGAGGCUGUGGAGCUCCCGCUUACACACUUUGAGCUCUAUAAGCAGAUCGGCAUCGACCCUCCCCGAGGCGUCCUCAUGUACGGCCCACCCGGCUGCGGGAAGACCAUGUUGGCAAAGGCCGUGGCUCAUCACACGACAGCUGCGUUUAUCCGGGUUGUGGGCUCAGAGUUUGUACAGAAGUACCUGGGUGAGGGCCCCCGCAUGGUACGGGACGUGUUCCGCCUGGCCAAGGAGAACGCACCUGCCAUCAUCUUCAUAGAUGAGAUUGAUGCCAUUGCCACCAAGAGAUUUGAUGCCCAGACAGGGGCUGACAGGGAGGUUCAGAGAAUCCUGCUGGAGCUGCUGAACCAAAUGGAUGGAUUUGACCAGAACGUUAAUGUCAAGGUGAUCAUGGCCACAAACAGAGCAGACACUCUGGAUCCUGCCCUGCUGCGGCCAGGACGCCUUGACCGUAAAAUCGAAUUUCCACUCCCUGACCGCCGCCAGAAGAGAUUGAUUUUCUCCACUAUCACCAGCAAGAUGAAUCUCUCUGAGGAGGUUGACUUGGAAGAUUAUGUGGCCCGACCAGAUAAGAUUUCAGGAGCUGAUAUUAACUCCAUCUGUCAGGAGAGUGGAAUGUUGGCCGUCCGUGAGAACCGCUACAUUGUUCUGGCAAAGGACUUCGAGAAAGCGUACAAGACAGUCAUCAAGAAGGACGAGCAGGAGCAUGAGUUUUAUAAGUGACCCACCCCCUGUGGUGGGAGGGGAGGGGACUUUUCUCACCUCCCCAACCUCUGUCCCAAAACCUAGUGUUCUUUUUUCUUUACCCAGGAUUGGGUUACUCAAUAAAUAUACAAGAUUGAAUCUGUUCAAUUUCUUCCUAAAAGUUUCACUCCUUUGGAAAAAACUGGGCCAUGAAUAGGAUGUUCUGUCCCCUCCUGCUCUCCUGACAGAUGAAUGGGUGAGGUACAGUCCCGGGUUACGGUUUGAGAGAGAAGCAAAGAAUUCAAAUCAAAUGACUUCAGAAAUUUGGGGAAAAGCAGCAGAAAUCGAACCUCAGACCACAGCCCUUGACCACAAAUAAAGCCCCUGCACAUUCCCCUACCCACAUUUCCUAGAGUAGGUAGAAGAC